GACACACUCCACAAACGCUUGCUUUCAUCUUCUCCUCCCCAAAGCAAAAAAGUGAAGCCUAUCUCCGUUAAGUUCUCAGCAAAAAACCCUCACACUUGAGAUAUACCCUGAGAUUCUUUGCUCCCAUUUCUAAAGCUCUCGUCUUUUUCCCAAUUCUUUGAAUCUUGAUACAGAUACACUGGUAUAUACCCACUUUCUUUGCUUCUUGAAAUGGAGAAAAUUGUGCUUAUUGUUAGCUGUGAGCUCAAGGCUUGUGGCAUAGUGUAGAAAGGGUCGUCGGAGUUUCAAUUUCCGGAGCUUUAAGGAAAAAAAAGCUCUUUUUUUUUUUUUUUUUCCUCUCUCUCCUUUGGGAGUUUACUUUCUCUCUUCUUUCCCGCUCUAGAAUGGGUUGCAAGCGCAUGAUUGUUAGGAAUUUGGAUCCGGAGAGGAAAAGGAGCGGUGGGUUGAGAACCAAACAGGCGGGGCGCGGGUCUUGUAGAGGAAGUUAGGCCAUUUGAACUGCACUUGCCGGAAAACCAGGAGAGCAAUGAUUCUUCGCCGGCGCUGACAACUAUUCAGUUUUUCUUUUUCUAUUUAUCUCCGCAAUAAGGGAAAAAAAGUUUUGUUCUUGAAAUAAAUUCAUAGACUGUUACUCGCUAUGGGGUACUUGCUGAAGGAAGCUUUGAAGACUCUGUGUGGAGUCAAUAGAUGGUCUUAUGCUAUUUUCUGGAAGAUCGGCUGCCAAAACCCCAAGCUUUUGAUUUGGGAAGAAUGUUAUUAUGAACCUGCACUCUACUCUGGUAUCCACGGAAUUCCUGGGUCUCAGAACCCAGAACUUGCUUUUCAAAAUUGGAGCGCUUGUUGGACUUCACGCGAUGCUUGUAAUUCGCAGCUUUUGCAUACAGCGGAGAGGGUGCAGUUGCUUGUGAACAAGAUGAUGAUAGAAAAUCAGUUCAAUGUUGUAGGAGAAGGACUAGUUGGACGAGCUGCUGUUACUGGUAACCAUCAAUGGAUUUUGUCAGAGGGUUAUUGUAGAGAAGCGUACCCAAUAGAGGUUCUGAAAGAGCUGUCUCAACAAUUUUCGGCUGGCAUGCAGACAAUUGCAGUAAUUCCUGUUCUUCCUCACGGUGUUGUUCAACUUGGGUCAUACAAAUUGAUAACGGAGAAUGUCGGUGUUGUGAAUGAUGUGAAAAUGUUGAUUUGUCAACUAGGAUGUGUUCCUGGUGUCUUGCUAUCGGAUGAAAAUGCAAUGAAAGAACCCGUUCAAAACACUGGGGUUCUGUUCCAUCUCGAAAAUUCAGCUUCUGUAGAUUUUACCACGAGAUCGGAAGUGUUGAAAUCUGAGCCGACUUCUUCCUCUUUUCUUAGACAAAAUCGGGAAAGACAGCCUACUGGUGCAACAUUUCAAAGUUCCUCGAUUUCCCAAAGCGUUGUUGAGUACCAUGAUGAUGAUCACCGUCAAGGAAAUGUUGUUCCACUAAUGAAACCAAACAAUUCUCCGAAAAAUCAUCUCAGAAAAGAAGAGGUAAAAGCUGAAGUAAUUCCUUCGAAUCCUAAUAUGUGGCCAAAUCAACAGUCCUCAACUUACAUUCCUUGGCCUCCAAAUCAUGAACAGCGGAUUAUGUCUUCUGCUUGUCAUACAAAAACUAACCCUAUGCCCAAUGGCUAUAAAAUAUCACAGCCAAGAACAGAUCCCGGGCCGAUUCCCAAUUGUCUUGAAAAUUCUGUGCUUCCAUCUGUUGGAGCACAACAAUUAUGUAACGGAGCAGAAAGACAUCUGGAAUCAAUUCCUGAUAUAGAUUCAUUUUUGGAUGCAAACCGAUCUCCAAGGAAGAAUCUCUCUUUCCCACAUUCUGGUGCUGCAAGUGGGCUUCAAAGUUCUGAGUUUUUCUCCAACCUCGAGGCAUCUUCAUCUGGUAAUGUGAACCAUUUGCCUACAAAUUAUUCUGCAGAUAACGGAUGUGCUCAACUUCAGCUGGAUAAUAUGGGAACAGUAGAAAAUGAUUUGUUCCAAGCUCUCGGCAUUGUGCUGACACAAACUAACGAGAAUCAGGGUUUAAGCGAGCACGUUCCUGAUUUUAGUUACGAUGCAAAACAUGAAUACAGGUUGCAGAGUGCAAUGCUGGAGAAUAAUUGUGAAGAUAAAGAUCCGUGUGUCCAUCAGUCAGGGGAUGACUUGUUCGAUAUUCUGGGCGCUGAUUUUAAGAAUAAACUACUAAACGGAAGCUGGAACAAUUUCACAAACGCAAAGGAUAUGGGUCAUAAUCCGUCUACAUCUCUGAUAAGUCAGGAUGCCUCUUCAACUGUCAAUCAAGGGAAAUCUGACUCGGGUACAUUUGCAGUGACUUCUUUCGACCAUCUUUUAGACUUUGGACCGUCAACCCCUUCUGCCAAGCAGGGCUUGGACGAUAAUGUCUCUUGCCGUACCACAUUGACAAAUAUGAGCAGCUCAUCUGGCCCUAAUGCAUCGUGCUCCUAUGGCCGGGUUGGGGCGUCUACUCAAAUGCAGGGCGAGUUAUUUGGUUGUCCCAAGUCUAAUGCAAACACAAGGGUCUUGACGUCUUGUUCGUUUGAUUCUACCAAGGAAACCCCGGCAACCUAUCCUCAAACGAGUUCAAUGUAUGGGUCACAAGUAAGUUCGUGGAUUGAACAAGGGCAUGACAUCAAGAAGACUACUAGUGUUUCAACUGCAAGUUCCAAAAAGCCUGAUGAAACAAGCAAACCAAGUCGUAAAAGGCUUAAACCAGGAGAGAACCCUAGGCCUAGGCCAAAAGAUCGCCAAAUGAUUCAAGAUCGUGUGAAAGAAUUGCGGGAAAUUGUGCCUAAUGGAGCCAAGUGUAGCAUUGAUGCUCUCUUGGAACGCACUAUCAAGCACAUGCUUUUCUUGCAGAGCGUAACAAAACAUGCAGACAAACUAAAACAGACCGGAGAGUCAAAGCUUAUUAGCAAGGAAGGAGGCUUACGUCUUAAGGAUAAUUUUGAAGGGGGAGCAACAUGGGCAUACGAAGUUGGAUCGGAGUCUAUGGUCUGCCCUAUCAUUGUUGAGGAUCUGAAUCAGCCUCGUCAGAUGCUUGUGGAGAUGCUUUGUGAACAACGGGGCUUCUUCUUGGAAAUUGCUGACAUUAUUCGAGGAUUAGGACUGACUAUCUUGAAGGGGGUCAUGGAAAUGAAGAAUGAGAAAAUAUGGGCACGAUUUGCUGUUGAGGCUAACAGAGACAUAACGAGGAUGGAGAUAUUUAUAUCCCUCGUUCAUCUCUUGGAGCAAACAACAAAAAACGGAGUGGAAACGCCCAAUGGUACUGACAACGAAGCAAUGAAGGCUCACCAGUUCCACCAAGCAGCGUCAGUCCCAGCAGCCAGUAGUUUGCACUGAUGAUCCACCAUGGCACGAACGGCCUGUGUCUGGAUAUACGUUAAGAGCGAGCUGAGCGACCGACCAUCGUGCUUGCCAUGACUAACUUCACUCCAGGUAGAUCCUUUUGGUGGUCCAAAUGUUAACUCUUCGUGCUCUUGUAUCUAAACCCAAGCUCUGGGCUAUAGGAAGAUUUCGUUUGAGAUGACCUGAGUGAGUAUUGUAUUUCCAGAAUGUAUGUAUUGCUGAGCCCGACUCUUAGCGCAACGAUCGAGGCUCUAGAACAUAUGUAUCCCUAGCUAGCUAGGAUGAGUGUUGAUUGCAUAAAGUAGUUUAUUUGAUUCAUCUCCUUGAAGCAGUAGUUUGUUUGUGUAGGUGAAGAAACUAUUUUCUUUUAAAUGGAGUGUUGAUUCAGAUCUGAUAGGUCCUGUACAGAGAGAUGGGAGAUGAUAGGAAGGGAUUUGUUCAGCAAAUUAGCACUAUUUUUCUUUAGCAUU